CGCCAACCCUUUUCAAACAAAUCCUUUGCACUCAUCCAAGUAAUCGGAAAUGAUUUUAUCCCGAGCUAAAUCGGAUUCUGCCAAGGAAGGACGAGGCUCUGCCGGAUCCAGCGGUGCGAAGAAGACGGUUGUUCCAUCCUUCGAAGAUUUCCUUCUGAAGCGAGAUUAUGUCGGGGCGAAAACUGUACUUCAGUGCUCGAAAUACUACGAUGAAGUGUCCGAUACACUUAAAGACCUAUGGGUAGCCUUUUGCGACUUCCACAUCGGAGAUUACAAGGAUUCGUUGCAGCAGUACGAAAAAAUGUACGCAGCCGAUAGUAUUCAGAACGAGGUAGCGUUGAAUAUCUGCGUUUGUAUGUUCUAUCUGGGAAUGUAUGAUGAGGCUCAGAAGCUGGUCGAAGAACUACCGGAGAAUCCACUGAAGAUUCGGCUGCUGUUCCAUCUUGCGCAUAAACUUAGCGAAGAGGAUCGUUUAAUGGAAUUGCAUGGAUCAUUGCGCGAUGUUGUGGAAGACCAACUUAGUCUAGCUGGAAUGCAUUAUCUUCGCUCGCACUACCAGGAGGCAAUCGAUAUCUACAAGCGAGUUUUACUGGACAACAAAGAUUUACUGGCACUGAACGUUUAUAUUGCAAUCUGCUACUAUAAACUAGACUACUACGAUAUAUCGCAGGAAGUGUUGGAUUUGUAUCUGAAUCAACAUCCAGACAGCACGAUCGCCAUCAAUUUGAAGGCUUGCAAUCGUUUUCGAUUAUUUAACGGGCGUGCUGCGGAGCAAGAAAUUAAAAAUAUCGUAGAUAAUGGAACUUUUGGGGCCGAUUUGAUCAAACACAAUUUGGUUGUGUUUCGAAAUGGAGAAGGAGCACUUCAGAUUCUGCCGCAGCUGAUUGAUAUUAUUCCCGAGGCACGAUUAAAUCUGGCCAUCCAUCAUCUUCGCCGAGGAGAUAUACAGGAAGCACACCAAUUGAUGAAGGAAGUGCAACCUUCGGUGCCGCAAGAGUAUAUUUUGAAGGGGGUUGUUUAUGCUGCUCUAGGACAGGAAACUGGUUCGAAGGAACACUUGAAGAAUGCUCAACAGUGUCUUCAUUUGGUUGGAGGCUCGGCGUCGGAGUGUGAUACCAUUCCUGGUCGACAGAGUAUGGCUUCGGCAUUUUUUCUUUACGGACAAUUCGAGGAGGUCCUUGUCUACUUGAACUCUAUCAGGAGUUAUUUUGUAAAUGAUGACGUAUUUAACUAUAACUAUGCACAAGCAAAGGCCGCAACCGGUUACUAUAAGGAAGCUGAGGAACUACUGCUACAGAUUCAUGAUAUUACCAUUAAAACGGAUCACACCUACGCGAUGGUACUGGCCAAAUGUCACAUACAUUCGGGACACGCUGAUCAGGCAUGGAAUAUAUUUCUAACCAAAGAUUCAACUCCGGAAGCGUUCGCAAUGCUUCAAUUGAUCGCCAACGACAGUUAUCGUGUUGGUGAGUUUUGGGUGGCGGCAAAGGCGUUUGACACGCUGGAAAAGUUGGAUCCUAAUCCGGAGUACUGGGAGGGCAAACGUGGUUCCUGUGCGGGUGCAGUUCAAGCUAUUCUAGCUAAACGUUCAAGCGGAGCCCCUCCGGGCGGUGUGGCGGAGGUAAUUGCAUUGCUUCGAGAUUCUACCAACACACAGGCGGAAAGUAUGCUGCGGACGAUCAGGCGCUAUGCCAGCAGUAUAAAGUAGAAUCAAUCGUGAAGAAAGAGCCGAUGUUUCUUUUAAACAUGAUUAAAGUGCUAUAUUUCUACUUAGCGGUGAUAAACUAUUUUUUCCAGUAAGGAGGAAAUUGUUUAAAACCACACUUGCGGGUGAAGGGCACACUACCUAUACCUAAAUUAGUUAUGAAAUUUGCCUUUCGAUGUUGUCUCGUCAGAAUCCGACGCUAACUUAGUGUCUUGACGCCAGCUCCAAAACUCCGAGCUCCGUGAUGUCCCGAAGUUUUGAUUAAGCUGAUGAAAAUUAAUCGAAACUGUUUGGUUUUGCAAGUCCUAGGGUGAUGAGUCUAUUUUGGCACCAUUAGGGAGAGGAUCGCACUAUUUUUUAAACAACUUUAAAAGAAGCCAUAUUACCUAUAACCUUUCUCAGAAUAAAGUAUCAGUGUACUGUUUCUUAAACAUCUAUA